AUGUACCAGGCUACUGUCACCCAGCGAAUGGACAACAUCAUCCCAAGCAGGGUCAUGGAUGAGUCUGAGAUCUGUUCUGUGCCUGAGGGACUUGCCAGUGUGAGGAAACAAUUUAAGACCCAGGAAACUACCUCGACUACCACAUCACAAGUAACCCAGUUCCAUUUCCAGCACAGCAGUGUGCAGGAAAUGUCACACUCAGAGGUCUCUGUCUCAAGCGGCGGGCAACAGAUGGUGACAGGCACUCAGCAGUUACUAUCCAACCAAGAAAAAAUGGUGUCAGACAGUGACAAUAACUUACAUUACAGUGAUAAAGACCAUGAAAAUGAAGAAGAGGAAUUUCCUAGAUACACAACAAAAGAACUAAGGGCUCACUUUGAAAGAACUAUAGAGGAAGCAGCCCCACACAAACCAAUUAAGAUUGGACGUGACAUCAAUCGGUCAAAGUGGUCCCCAUGUGUGACCCAAAACAACACAGUGACUAAUGAGGUGCACCAAGAGUCAGUAGUCGAAGCAGAAGAGGACACAUUGGAUGCCAUGAUAGAUUACGAGGAUUUUCCACCACCACCACCUCCACCAGCAGCCAUAGAAGAUUCUGAUUACCUUCCGCCUCCACCGCCGGAUUUACUCCAAAUGUCAUCAGGCAUUGAAAAUAUUCCCCUUACUCAUUACUCAUCUGAAGAUCCUCAAGGUUUAGUGAACUCGGGCAAAAACCUUCUCAGCAAAGAGGCUUCCAUCAAGCAGAGGAGCAUGUCUGAGCUGAAACGUCUGUACAAGCACAUUCAUCCUGGAGUUCGGAAAAAUAUUGAAGAGGAGUUCUACAAUGAAUACAAUGAAUCUGUAAACAACCAGCGUGAUAGUCAAGCUUACUUAUAUGAGAAUGAAGCUGAUGUCACCGAUGAGGAAUACGAAUGGGAAGAGAUUCUGCCUGGAGAUGUGCAGUCAAGGCGCUGGAUGUUUGAAAAUAAGCCACUAGAUGCCAUCAAGGAUGAAUCCCUGAAUGGAGAUGAAGACAAUAACAAGUUUACAGAGAAAGAGAUGAUUCUUGGAAAGGAUGUGAGACGUACGGCGUGGAUGUUCGAGACAAAGCCGAUGGAUGAGUUAGGUCCACGUGAGAGCUACUCGAUGGAGUAUAGGAACAAGUUUGACAAGGGAGAUGUCCGAGCUGCAGCGUGGCUGUUUGAAACCCAAACGAUGGACAGUCUGAAUAAAAUGCACAAGGAAGAGGAGCUCACCAAAGAGGUCGUAUUUACAGGAGAGGACGGAAUUGCCACCAUUUACAUGAUUGACAAUAAGUAUAUGGAAGGCCUCGGACACACUGAGACAAUCAAUGAGCGGCAUCUGUUGAGCUUAAGGGCGGUCGUGGAAGAAAUCAAUGAUGAUGAGAAAACUAUAACAAGCACCUUUGACACUCAGUUUAAAUGCAUCAUCAUGGGACAGUCCAGUCAGAUGCUGGAGAUUAAAUCUGUGCGCAAAAUUGAAACUGAGCUGGAGAACUCGAUUGGUUCACGUUGGCUUUUUGAUACAGAACCUCUUGAUGUGAACAAACCUCUUUCAUCGUUUAAGCUGGUGUGUAGUCUUUCUAUGGAAGACUGUAACAAAGGAGACUGGGGCCGAUGGUUGUUUGAGAUAAAGACAUUGAAUUCCCUGACUGAGUUGGAAAGCUCAAAAACUGAGGAGGUAGUUGGGGCAGAUGUGCGCAAACACUGCUUGAUGUUUGAAACCCAACCAAAGGAUUCUCUCAAGGAUGAUUCAAAUUCCAUGACUCACUCUGUUGAAGAAAUCAUUGGGGGUAAUGUUAGAUUAGCGAGAAACUUCUUUGAAAGCAGCCCUCAAACAGAGAGGAACAACUGCCCUGAAGUUGGAAACUUUAAAAAGGCACUGGCGAAUGAAGAAAUAAAAGGUGAUGUGAGACAUCAAAAGUGGCGCUUUGAGAGUCGACCUAUGGAGCACCUACGAGAGGGGAAGAAAGAGAUAACUCGAACUGUAAACAUCGAGGAGGACCUCACGAAGGAGGAGGGCACAAGUUGCAGAGCAGAUGUUCAUAGGAAUUGCUGGGUGUUUGAGACUCAGCCAAUGGACAUGUUAAAAGAGGAUUCAAACUGCCUUCCAUUGACAAAAGAGGAAAUAAUUGCAGGCAAUGUAAAAUCUACCAGACAUUACUUUGAAACAAUCCCAACUGAGGAGCCUAAGGAGCUUGCAGAGGUGGGAAAACUGAAGAAAAGAGUGGAACUUGAUGAGGAGAGGGGAGCUGUUCAACAUCAGAAAUGGCUAUUUGAAAGCCAACCUUUGGAGCAGAUUCGAGAUGAAAAGAAGGAAGUCAUUAGAACAAUUGACUUGGAAGAAAUCGACAAAGUGGAUGUGUCAAACUAUAAGCAAAUCUUUGAGAGCACAGAUUUAAACAGAAGAGACGAGUCUCAAAAGAUCCAUAUUGAGGGUGUCACAAGUGGUUCAGUGCAAUCUAACAAAAACCUAUUUGAGUCAGGGCUAUUGUAUGCCAUGGAGGACCGCUCAGGCCACUUCCAUGAGGUGAAAACAGUGCGUCACGAAGAGGUGGUGAGCGGAAAUGUAACAACAUACAAAUGGAUGUUUGAAACACGACCAAUUGACCAAUUUGAUGAAAGCAUUGACAAAUACCAAAUAAUUAAGGGUGUAUCCAAACAGGAAAUAGAAUCUGGUGAUGUUAAGACUGCCAAGUGGCUGUUUGAGACACAGCCUCUUGAUGCCAUCAAGUACUUCAGCAACAUCGAAGAUGAGGAAAUAGAAAAUAAAAAGCAAGACAUUAUGAAAGGAGAUGUAAAAAACUGCAAGUGGCUAUUUGAGACACAACCAAUGGAUGUCUUGUAUGAAAAAGUGGACAUAAACAUUGAAAAUAAGUCUGAAGAAAUGCCAAAGGGAGAUGUUAAAAUGUGCACAUGGCUUUUUGAGAUGCAAGCCCUUGAUACAAUCCAUGAUGAGACAGAAACUGUAUUCAAAACAUGCACUGUGAAUCAAGAGGACAUUCAAGGGAAAGAUGUCAGCACGGCGUGUUUUCUCUUUGAGACAGAAAAACUAGAGAAUCUUUCUGGGGAGGAUGCACGCUCCUUUAAACGAGUCACAGAGAUUGACAUUGCAUCUGGAGAUGUGUUGAGAAAGAAGCACAUAUUUGAACACAGCACCUCCGAUAUCAUGACAUCAACAUCAGAGGAAAUGAUGCAACAUCUCAAGAGAGCCCAGACAGCGGAAAUACAGAAAGGAAACAUAGUGACCUGCAAAUGGCUCUUUGAAAAUCAAUCUAUAGAUACCAUACAUGACGGUAAAGAGGAAGUGCUGACAAGCCGUACGGUAACUGAUGUACACGGAGGGGAUGUAGACAGAGGUCGCUUCAUCUUUGAGACCUUCUCCUUGGAUAAAAUUAAGGAGGCAGUGUCUGAAACUGAGCUGUCCACAAUGCAAACGAUUGCUCGCCAUGAUGAAGAGAAGGGCGAUGUGACAAAUUACACAAUGCUCUUUGAAACUCAGCCUCUUUAUGCUAUUCAGGACAAGGAGGGUCAUUACCAUGAAGUUACCACAGUCACCAGCGAGGAGGUGACACGUGGAGAUGUAAUCGGAACCCGGUGGUUGUUUGAAACCAAACCCCUUGACGCCAUCAAGGACUCCGAUGAGGUUUACAUAAUUAAAUCUGUCACACAGCAGGAUGACCAAAAAGGAGACGUCAUCUCUGCAAAGUGGAAAUUUGAGACACAGCCACUUGAUAGGAUUUCUGAAGAAAAGAAGACAUUUAUAAAGACUGUAGAUGACAUUCAAGGGGGAAAUGUUAAAAUGAAUAAAGAUCGCUUUGAAUCUGAUACUCCGUUGGAUUUUGUCAGAACAGUCAAUGUAAGUGAAAUACAAAAGGGUGAUGUCAGGUCAGCUAAAUGGAGAUUUGAGACCCAGUCAAUUGAUAAAAUAAGGAGCCUGAGUUCAGAAAACCUGAUUGAGAUGGUUAAAAAGGAGGAGGUGGAAAAAGGAGAUGUGAAGCAUUCAGUUUGGCUGUUUGAGAAAAACCCUUUGGACCACAUUAAAGAGGUUGAUGAGGAUGAGGAGACACAUGUCACUCAAGAUGAAAUUGUCAAAACAGAUGUAAAGUCAACAACGUGGCUCUUUGAAACAACCCCUUUUGAUGACUUCAAUGUGACGAAAACAGAGAAGAGAGAAAUCUUGGGCAAGAGCGUCAAGGAAACACUUGAAGAGCUUUAUAGUCAGAAAGUGGUGACAUCGAAAGGAAUACUCAUCGAAUCUGAUGAAAUCGGGGAUGUUAGGAUGGCAAAAUACAAUCUAAUGAAUCAGCAAGCUCCUGAGAUUCAGCGGGAGGACGUAAUCAGAGGGGAUUUGCAGACAAUUAUGAUGAACCUCCUGAACAGACAGGAACAACAGGGGCGGCAGGUGGUCAUUGAGUCAGAAGAGAAGGGUAAUAUCAGUUCAACAGUGCAGAAACUUUUCAACCAACAGAGCAAAAAAAGUAUUGAAAAGGAAGAAAUUAUACGAGGGGACAUUCAGGAAGCCAUAAAUAACCUUUUCAAUGAUAGUGGCUCAACCAAACAUGGACUUCUCAUUCAGGAGGAUGAAAAGGGUGACGUACAGAUGACAAUAUAUUCCCUUCUGAACAAACAAGACUGUGUUAGUGUAGAAAAAGAGGGUGUGGUAAGAGGGGAUGUAAAGAGUGCCCUGAAAAGACUCGCCAGCCAAGAUCAGCAUGAUCUGACAAAGAGGAUAACGGUAGAUGAAACUGAGAAGGGAAAUGUCAAUUUUUAUUCCACAUGUAUCGAAUCUGGAGCCCUCAGUUAUCUAAAACAGCUCAAUUUAGAACCAGAUGAAGCGUCACCUGAAGCGGUAGAGAAAGAAAAGAUUAUUGGUGGUGACAUUCAUGGCAUGAAAGUCAUCCUUAGUCAAAACCAAACUCUGAUAGAGCGCACAGUGGAUGAUAUUAUCCCGGGUGAUGUUCAUAACACAGUAAAAGUUUUCAUGACGGAGCCCACCGUUUCAUCAGAGAGUCUCCUUAAGGAGGACAUCGUUAAAGGGGAUUUGAAAGCUGCAUUGACUUCUUUGUCGGAGUCGGUGAACCAGACAGUUGUUGUGGAGAAAGAGGAGGUGGUGAAAGGCAACAUACCCAAAACAAUGCGAUGCCUAGAGAGGGCACAACAUCGUCUCAAGGAAGUAGAGAAGCCAGAUAUCAUCCCUGGUAACAUCAAAGGAACUCUGAGAUCCCUUGAGAAAUCUGCAACUUCCCGAGUUAAAGCCACCAUGGAUGAUCUAGUUUCUGGAGAUGUUAAGGCCACAUUAAGAUAUCUUGAGCUGGCAAAGCAAACAGUGCAUGAGGUGGAAAAGGAAGAAAUUGUGAGGGGUGAUAUUCACACAGCAAUGCAAUGUCUCCACGACGCUUCUGCUGAAAAGAGAACAUGUCAACAGGAAAUAGUUGUCCAGGGGGAUGUUAAAGGACAGCUCUUUACGGAACCUCCUUCCUCUCCCAGAAUGCAAAGGAGCUCGAGCACUGAGGAGGAAGAAGUGAAAGGUGAUGUCAAGAUAUCAAUCAAGUCCUUAUAUGAAACACAAGAGCAAACUCUGAUAGAGAAAAAAGAAGUGCUAAAGGGCGAUGUGAAAGGCAUGAUUAAAUCACUUAUGGAAACGGCACAUCGUGACACUCCCAAAGGUAAACUCGGCUCCUACAGAAGAGUCAGAGUUAAGCAGAGGCCUCCUGUUAAAAAUUUAAAUGCUGAGACACAGAGGAACGCACAAAAAAUCAAAACUGCAGUUUCACCUGAAAGUCAGUCUGGUGCUAAUGAAACAAAAAAUGUUCAAUCAAAGUCUCGUACAGUCGAAAGGAGUACCAUGCAAUCAAAAACGAUUGUAAAGCACAAAACCAUAACACAAAGUCAUGGCACCAAAACAUUAAAAACAGAAUUCUGCAAUCUAAAGCCAAAGGGAAUGAUACAGUUAAAUAAAACUAAAGUAGAAACAGAUGUUUACACUAUCAAAGGACAAGUGCCGGAACCAGAUUUGCCUCUUCCUCCUCCACCUCCGCCUGUGGUAGAUAUUGAACUUCCUCUGCCGCCUACGCCACCCCCUCCGUGUGUGGAUUCUGACGUUGAUCAGCUCCCUCCUCCACCGCCACCAGCUACCAAUGAGCAGGACUUCCUCCCAACACCAUCACCACCACCUCAGCGAGAACUGGAAAGAAUGCCAAAACAAGCAGUUCAUGUUUCACCAGCGGAGGCUAAAACGAUGAUGGUAAAGAAAGUCAAAGCUCCAACUUUGUGUCCUGUCCCAAAGCUUAAGCCUGGAGUGGAAAAAUACCACACAGCAGAGUUGAGUCAGUCCAUAACUGCGACACGUAUAUCUAAAACAAGUGAAGUCCCACCACCACUGGAAUCGCCACAAGCACCGAGGAAAGUUUGCAUCUCUCCUGUAAGAUUCACCCCGCCUUCUUCCCCCCCGCCUCAAAUGAGAGGGAAAACGAGGAAAUUUAGCACCCCAUUAAUAAAAGCGGAGGAAACGUACCGGAAGCAUAAAGAGGAUAGCACUCCUCCAACCACUCCAACUCCUCCCAAUGUAAAUGACUCACUUUUUACUGCUCUUCAGAAUAUUGCCACUGAAGAUGUAAAGCAGACACAUAACAUGCCCAAGAUAAAACAGGCCACAACUGAAAAUGCAGCUUUGAUACUUAAUUUAGACUCCUCAUCAUGUGAUGCAUCCAAGCAGGUUGUUAUCUCCAAUACCAUUCAGAACAAUGUCAGCACCAUUCAUGAAAGAAUUCUCACAGGGCCUACCACAAUAUCAUCUGCCAAACAGGAAAUGGUUUCUAAUGAGUCUUCUAAGGUCAGCUCUGUUCAAAAGAGCUAUGUCUCACAGAAGCUAAGAGCUUCUGUGAGACAAACUGCACAAACAACGAAACAGAAAAUAGUUUCACUUUCCUCCCAAGUGUCAACUCAGGCUGUCAUUGCUGUUGAGAAGAAAGAUGUGAAAAAUAUGAAAGUAAGGGGAGCUGAUAUAACUGAAAGAAAGAUGGACGAUGGAACAGGUAUAGAUAAUGCAACAGGCCUUGUUAAAAUGGUGAAACCUGAAACCACAGAACAGAAUUCAAAGAAAUCUCAAUUGCAGUGCAAGAGAAAAGAAAAAACUGAAUUGCCCACUGAUCAAUCUACCACCAAAAACCAGGACACUGUCUGUGAUGAACCGAAUCAAAGAGAAAAAGCAGAAGCUAUUGGGACUGUAAAAACAGGGAAAACAAACCAAAAGGUAAAAAAGAACAAUAAGCAGGAAAAGCAGGUUGAUGCAAAGGUGGAAGAAGAGAGAAAGACACAGGUGAAAGUGAGCAAUGCCACUGAACUGAAAAUAAUGAAUGAGUCAAGCGAGAUAAAUACAGAAUUAAAGCAGGAGAUAUUGAAAGUGUCUCCCUCCCCAAUGGAUGAUGUUACGAUCAAUUUAACUGACAGCCCAACAGCAACUUCAACACCAACAAAGAAGAAAAAGAAAUCCAAAAAGUCUAAAGGGGGUACACAAUUAAGUCAAAGUAAAGACGCUGGCACAGAAUCAAAGACGGCAAUCACAGAAACAUUAAAUGAAACAAUUGCUCUUUGCCAAAUUCACACAAGUGUCACAGAAGGGGAUGCUCAAGAACCCUUGAUGACAGAAAGGAAAGACGACAAGAACUCCCAGCAACUAAAAGCGCAGGAAAAUCAUCUGAAGGGAUUGAAAAAGAAGAAAGCAGUGACAGUUGCUCAGAAGAGUGCACAGGCGUCACCGGAAGAAAGUCGUGCCGUCCCAAUUAAAGUGCCAGUUGAGUCAGAACAAAAUGAAAUGGUAGCGUCUAGAUCAGUGGGAAAAGUGGAAUCUCAAAAACAACAGGUUUCAGGCUUAAUCUCGUAUAUCACAGGGAUGCAAACUGUUUCCAAAACUAGGCUUAGUACAUUUUCAGAUUGCCUCACAAGCCCACAGGUGCCUCACAGAUCAGGGGAUUCUGUUGCAGAGACUAAUCUGGCUCAAAAGGUUGAUAUGAAGGAGAAGCAUGAAUUGGAGUCUGUUGCUGAGACAACUGCAUGUACUAAAAUAUCCAACAUCAGCAUUGGUUCUACAAAAGUACAGAAGCAAACAAAGAAAGAGACCUUAAAUGAAAGCAAGAAAGAAGAACAAACCGACCUUCGAGCUCCCUCGCCAUCUCUCAGAACCCGACCUCCCUCUCCUACAUUUCUCGCCAUUGAAUCCAUUCGAAGGACUAACUCGCCCCAGAGAGUCACUCCUUCACCUACACUGCUCCACAGGCCAGCCACACCUCCCACGCCGCCACCCCGCUGUGUCACCCCGACGUCACGUCGCUGCGACACCCCGACGUCUCGGCCUACAACAAUCACACCCUCUCCGACGUUUGACCUAGCCGAAAAUUUGCCGCGACUUAAAGGCGCUACGGCCAAGCUCUCACGUGGCGUUACCCCACCGCCGUUAAUUUCCACACAGCUAAUAUUUGAGAAGAAAUCUGAAAUCGUGGAAACACCUGCAUCAUUCCAUCGGCAAAUCAAACUUGAGGCCCCCCACACCUCAAAGACCUCCAGAAACAAUGUAUUAGAGACAAUAGGAAAAAGUACAUCUGAAGCUCCAGAGGUUUUAAAUGCAAAUAAAACCCAAAGUAGCUCUGGCAUCAAACCGCCACUUUGUAAUGAUGUCCCUGAAGAUAUCUCAGAGUUAUCAUUGGCUUCAGUCAGAGAAAAGAGGGAGUUUUUUGAGGAGGCCCGAAAGGCUGAAAUGAAUAAAACCUAUAUCCGUAAGGAACCUAUUGCUAUCCCUGAACGACUGGGGCCAGACCUGGAGGAUAGUGAUGAAGAAAAUGUGCGUAAAGAAAAGGAAGAUCUACCCAAAGCAGACUUGUCUGGUCUUAUAAAUAAAUUUGAAACAACAGAUAAAACGGCUAUCAGCAAUGAGUUAGAACCACCUGCACAGUGGUUUCACAACGAAGGUGAAGAUUGCAUCAAAGAGAAGGAAGACCUUUCAGAAAGGGCGUUGCCAGCUUUUGACACCCAGGCUCUUAAGAAUGUUUUUGAAAUGAGUGAGCAGAGGUUCUCUUUAGAUGAGCAGAAAGGGGGUCGAGAAGCGUCAGUCGACACAUCAAUGCUGCAAAGUCCUCCAGAGAUGCAGGAAAGCUUAAAGGAGGGCUCUGCCCUCCCCCCUCAUGAAAAUGUGGUAGAAAUUGUACAGACAGAUCCAUCAGCUUUCUCUGAGAGCAAAUCAAUCACAGAGCAUUGCUCAAACGUUGAUGUGUUUGGGAGCAAGGUCACGACGACAAGUGUCAGUCAGCACUCUGCCAGCGUGUCAAGACAGCCGGCUCCUUUUUCCUAUGCUGACGCGGUGAAAAGGAAAGCGGUGGCGGCGAGGAGAAUGCAAACGUGUGACGAAGACGCCACCGAGAACUUACUGAAGAACUUCCACCUAACCAGGAACAACAGUGAGACGGUUUUCAAGAGUCUCGGCGACACUGUGUCAGAAAUGAUGACGUCACAAGCAGUGUCUCAUCGGGCUCGUCAGACAACCAUUGUCUCCGGCUCGAGUUCCGAAGUCGGAGCUCUGCACAGUGUGUCGAAGGAGGGUUUAUCCGAUGGAUGGAUGGUUAGUGGACAGAAAAAAGUACCAUAAAUCCUGUUUCUUCUGUGAGCAAUGCAAAAGUAAACUAAGCCUGGGAAAUUACGUGUCUCUCCACGGACACUUCUUCUGUCUGCACCACUACAAACAACUCCUCAAGUCCAAAGGGAUGUACGAUU